AUGGCAGAUCUAUUAAAAUAAAUAGAAUAAGUAUACCCUGAGCUGAAUGUUCCAAAUAAAAUAAAGAACGCCUCAGUUAAAAAGUUUCUUGUCAGAUUCAAUGAAGCGUUUAAUGUCGCAAUAAUUUUAACCUUAUUUUUCACAUUUAUGGCACUGCCAGAUGGAUCAUAAACUGAAAGGUUUAUUUUUAGAAGCAUAAAUGAAAUAUCCUCAAUAUUAAUUUCUAUAAUGAGCAUACUAAAUUUAAUUCAUUUGAAACACUUAUACUUCGACUCUAAAUACUAUGGUGCUCCAUUUGUUUUGAUUGACUUUUUAUCAGGAGUAUUUUGCAUAUUUUUAGACAUCAUUUCCCUUAUCGUUGGAAAAAAUAUGUUGGGUAUUUAUUAUGCAGAUGGAUUUAGAAUGCUAAAAUUGUUUACAUUCGAAAAAUUAAGAAUUAUUAUUAAGGAUAUUUUCUACGUGAUGCCAAAAGCUAAAAAGGUUUUCUUUUCUAUGGUUUUCGUAUUUUUCGUAUUUUCAUUGAUUGGGUUCAAGCUCUUUCAUCAUGUUAAUGCUGAAUAAUUUAGAAAUUUGUUUGUCUCUUUGCUAUCAAUGUUUUAAGUUUUAACUUUCGAUUCAUGGAAUGUACAAAUGAAUAUUCCUAUCAUUAAUAAAUGGGGAGGUCAUUGGAGCAUCUUCUUUAUAAUUGCUAUCUUCCUACUCUAAUUCUUCUAUUUUAACUUCUUCUUAAGUGAAUUCGUUACCUACUACAGCAAUCGUAACUACAGAGUCAAUUUUGUCUAUAAAUAUAAUUAAGAUGAAAUUCACAACCAUAAGUUAAAGGAAUGGAGUAAAAGAUAUUUGAGUGUAAAUGAAGUUUUAAAAGUGUUGAAAAUAGAAAAGUCUGAAAAAGAUUUAAGUCUCAUAGAUUUUAUUUUAGCUAACUACAAAUAUUUAUAUAUUUUUGCAAUCUUGUUUAUUGAGCUACUUAGAGUCUUUUUUAAUCCACUUUUAUUUGUUUAUAUUUUGGAAGUUAUUGUUGGAUUACUUGCUAUAAUUGAAUUCUCUUUAAUCAUUGAAUAAUUAUAGUUAAAGGAAAAAAAAUCUAUAAAUGGUGAUAAAAGCACUUUAUAAUAAAUUUGUCAAAGCUCAAAAUUAGUAUUCUUGUUUUUAGCUGGGUUUGUUGGUUUUGCAGUAGACUUAAUUUCUAUGAUCUAUGGAAAUUAUACAUUGAAUUAUGGAUCCUGUUUCAGAAUCUUAGUUUUACUAACAACAUAUGAAUGCUAAUUCUCAUUUAUCAAGCUAUCUUAAGUCUUUUCAAAAAUCGGAGAGAUGGGAUUUGUUAAUUUAGCUAUAAUGUACACUUUGGCUAUUAUUGGAUAUUACUGCUUAUACAGAUUCGAUGUAACUUUUGGAUUUUAUUUUGAAGAUGUGACAAACACUUACAUGUAUUUACUUCAAACAAUUACUUUUGAUGCUUGGGGAGAUAUUGCCAGAGCAGCUAUGUUAAUGAAUCCUGUUUAUGCGAUUUAUUUUGCUUUCAUGAUUAUUUUUAUGGGAUUUUUGCUUUAAAAUUUCAUGGUUGGUACAAUAGCUACUACUGUUUAGCCUGCUUGCGAAGAUGAAUUCAAUCAAUCAAGAGUUUUAUAGAGAAAAAUAUCAUAAUACUAAGUUAACAUUUUGAGAGAAAGUCUUGGAAAUUCAUAAUAAUUCAAUUAAAAUUCAUAAAAUUUGAAAAAAGAUUAAGAAUCUACAGAAAAUUUGAAGAAAUUAAAAGAGAUAAUAGAAGAGUUUAACAAAGGCCAAGGUAAUUUAACAGUUACUUUUGAAGGUAAAAGCUACGACCUCAAGUCUAAAAAUAUAAUUAGCCUAUAAAAUUGA